AUGUCGUGCCUUGCGUCCGGCACGCCCUUGCAGCAAUACAUGAGGUCCCUGCGAAGGCAGCCGGAUCCUGGUGGUCCUGGUGGUGGCACGGCGCGCGCGGCGCGUCGAUUCCCCAUGUUCACAGUGCCCCUGAAAGUGCUGAUGAAGAUGACGAAGAUCGAAGCACACGAAGUUCUCAAAGCACGCGGCGAGCUGGUGGAGUUCGACCAGAGCCAGCAGAGCAUGGGCCAGGCUGUGUUUGUCUCACACCAGUGGGUCUCUGUGCAUCAUCCGGAUCCAAAGUUCCAGCAGAUGCGCGUCUUGCAAGAAGCUCUAAGCCAUGUCCUUGAUGAUUUGAGGUACAUUCCCCUGGACAGCACGUCAGAGACGGCCGUUCCGGGUGCCAAGCCAUUGUAUGUGACAGAGCUCCGGUCACAGCCCCUCUUCUUCUGGUAUGACUAUUUUUCGUGCCCUCAGCUGCAUGUCAACACGCAUCACCUCCUGAAUGCAAUUGACAGCAUCUCUGAGUACGUGGCAGACAGUGCUUUUUUUUUCGCUCUCUGUCCGACCGUGGUAGAUCCAAAUGGGUCCAGGUUGCUGAGAAGGCCUCGCCUCGUCUGGUAA